AGGAGAGGAGGCUAAUUACGGGACGAAUUGUCUACUACAGAACGCAGUAUUGUAUACAUUAGUUUGCAAUGUUCUGUCGAAUAUUUGGCAGAAAACAGUUGAGUAUUUACCUUAGUGUCUAGGUGCGUAUUUGAGCACAUUUGCUCUCCAAACCAUUGAAAACAACAUUAAUUCAGUGCCUGGAAUAUUUGAGAUUUUUGCACCAGGAUUUUGUCAUUUGGUAUUCCCUCUACGUCUUCGAAAACAUCAACAAUCCCUUCUUUGGCUAAGGGGAAUCAUCAACGAGAAAAGUCAAGGGGAUAGACUCAUGUUUUUGUUCAGUCACAUGUAAAAGCAGUUGGUUAUUACUGUUGGACAUAAAUAAAACACACCAGGUAGAUCUUUUUAAAAAUUUCCUGCAAAGGCUCCAUACAAGGGGACUACAGCGGCAUUCUACUACGAAAACAACAACUAAUAAUCCAUCGAAACAUCAAAACAUGAGCUGCCCAGUCUUACGAAACGUGUUCGCUGGUUUGCUCCUCGCACUGCUGUCGAAAGGGCCAAGUGUGCACGGAGCUGAAUUCGGCCACCUGCCCGACAACAUUACAGUGCUGGAAGGAGAGAGCAUCAUUCUGAGGUGUAAAAUCGACGAGGAGGUGACCCACAAGGCGUGGUUGAACCGCUCAAACAUCCUGUUUGCGGGGACAGACAAGUGGUCGCUGGACAGACGGGUGUCGCUGGUCAACAGUAACACUAGUGACUUCUCCAUCCAGAUAGAGAGGGUGGAGGUGGCUGACGAGGGGCUGUACACCUGCAGCUUCCAGGCCAGCAACAAGCCUCGCAUAGCCCACGUCUUCCUCAUCGUCCAAGUGCCAGCCAGAAUCGUCAACAUCUCCCAAGACGUGUCAGUGAACGAGGGGGGCAACGUAUACCUCUUCUGUCUGGCGGUGGGACGACCUGAACCCACAGUCACCUGGAAGGAGAACAAAUAUGGUCUAAUGAGUGAGGGGGAGUUCCUGGACAUAACAGAGAUCAAGCGACAUCAGGCGGAGGAGUUUGAGUGCAUCACCAACAAUGGAGUGACGCAGCCCGACAUACGCAAAGUCAAGGUCACCGUCAACUACCCUCCCAUGAUCACAGACGUGAAGAACAUGCCAGCCCAGCUGGGCAAAACGGCCAUUUUGCGCUGUGAGGCCAUGGCAGUACCCACGGCCUCCUUUGAGUGGUACAGAGAUGACCGCAGGCCGGUAGAGAACGACAAUACUCUGAGGAUCAAGAACGAGAAGACGCGCUCACUGCUGCUCUUCACCAACGUGACGGACAAACACUUUGGCAACUACACCUGUUUUGCCUCCAACAGGCUGGGAGCCUCCAACGCCAGCAUGCUGCUCUUCCGGCCGGGAGCCGUGUACGGGCGAGGCGUGGCCAUCAACGUGGGGGUGAGUGCGGGCGUCGGCUUCUGGCUUUGCCUCUCUGUCUCUCUUCUGAUGAAGGUCUAAGAGCUUUUCCUGGAAGUCCCGUCCCGCCUGCGGAAGGAAGAAGGAAUUUCUUUAAUUACGAACCCAUCACUGUGAAACAAAAAUGAUAUGCAUUAUUCCAGGAGCCAUUGACGCAUCGCAUCUCACACCCACACCAACUCCCCCCUAUUCCUCACCCCACUACCUCCCCCCUUGCUACCUAUAUUGCCACUAUCACCAUUAUUGCCACUAUCACCACUUCAUGCUGUUUCCAAUGAGGGUCACAUUGGUGAUGUUUAUGAUGUCUGUGUUUAUUAAGAAUGAUAAUUGUGAUGAUGAUGAUGAUGAUGAUGAAAACAGAUAUUUAACACCAGAAUAAUACUAUUAUAAAUCUAAAUGAUGACUGAUCUACACUACUGUUGGUCGCAUAGACAUUUGAAAACUAGGAGUAAAAACACUCCUAUUUAUGGUUGGAACUACUCUAUAAUAACAAUGAUUAGUUAUUAUGAUGAGGGUCACGUGACCUUGUUGAAAGCUGUCCAUUGGCCCAUUGGCCUUGUGACAAUUGACCCUAUGAUCACACAAGUACCGUUUUAUUUUGUUUUUAACCGUGUGGCAGUGUAUAGGACGUGGCUGCUACGAUUGAUGUCAAAACACACAUGAAGGGUGGGCGGUGGGGGGUUCUAUAUAGUCUUUGCCCUUCUAGUGCAUCCUUUUGGGAUCGCAACCAAGACGAAGCACGUGAGAAGCCCCCCCCUCAUCGUUAAGGUGGUUUGUGCUCUGUCUUGUGUGUAAAUAUAAUGCAGUACAGAAGCCAUGCCGUUACUAGAGGCAGUCUAUCCACAUCCAACCCUCCCAUUGGCAGUGGCUAAUGUGGAUCCUAAUAAAAUAUCCAGCAAAAUGACAUUACCCAUCAGCCUCUAUUACAGUUUUCAUAACCAGGAAGGGACUGUAGAAAUAACAAUCGUGUCUCCUGCUUUGAAGGCGUUGACCAGUCAUCCUCCUUCCUUGUCGCUUGUUGAUAGCAUGUACUGGUUAGAGAUGUUCCUGUCGUGAAACCUCCCUCCCACUCCCCCUCCUCCCCUGCACUGUGUCCGUUUUACUCUGCAAGGUUAAACUGCUAUAACUUUUUUGGUGUUGAUAAUAAUACUGAUGAUGUUAAUAAGUAUUUAAAUAAAUAUGAAAAGUAAUUCCAUGUGAGAAAAAAAAAAGAACACAUACUACUCCAGAGCUCAUGACGAGCCGUGUGUGCAAAAACAUAUUUUGUACUUAAUCCCUCGGAGAAAUCGCACUCGUUGAACUGAACGACAACGACAAAAGACGAAGUUGUCAGGUUUUCAAGUUGUGCUCUUUUUGACAAGGAUUUUAAAAACACAUGGAAGUUGAUCCCGAGGGAUCCUUUUCAUCCAAAAGAGUCCACAGUCAAUGAAAUGUAAUAUCGUUUGUAAACGUGUCUGUAUUAAAACCUUUGUUUUCAUGCUGUUAACUGUAUAAUACAUGUUACACAUAUUACAUAUAUUCAACCUGCUUCCAUAGCAUGUCACUCUCCAGACAGACCAACUCCAUGGAUAAAUGAUUGAAAGUGAUGUAUGUAAAGCAGCGUCCCUGUAAGUCAGUCAGCCCCUGUAUGGCUGGACAGGCGCACCAGGAGAUAAAGAUGUAAUUAGCCAUUACCUAUGGCUGGAUAAGCGACAGGGCCUACACUCUCCGCUUCCCCCGGUGUCCUUCCCGCCAGCCAUGGACAGGCCCCAUAAAUCACGUUCAAUCCUGGCCCUGACAGCAUCCUCCUCAAGGACACCCUCGUCCCUGUAAAGCAGACGCGGCGCGUCCUCACAAACCACCACACCUGGGCCCUGAUUGAACCCCCCCAGGGUUCAAUUAUCCAGCCACUUUACCUGCACAGAUCAACCACUGAGACGUGUGCUAUGAGGCUCGAUGACACCCCAACUACCCAUCCGCUGUCUCUCUGUCAUGUCCUGCUGUGUCUAUGUCUAUAUGCAAACUUCCCCAUAGUGAGCCAACCUGAAUGGAGAGGUUGGCUCACACUAGCAACUCGCUGACUACCCACAAUUCCUGUGACCUUACAGGAAUAUGCAGCAUCCGUAUUCAGUAUUCUGCGAAUAGCUGUCAUCUUUUUUUGUUUGAUUUCAUUUUAACCAACCUGCUAACUAAGAUAUAGGAGAGGCAUCCAAUCUGGUUAAUCUGGGCUAUGAUAGUGAAGGGUGCCCCUAACAAUCUAUUCAAGAAUAGAACUGUUUUAGUAAUACUAUUGUAUGAAGUGUGCUAAUAUAUGAAGAGAUGUGAAGCCCUAGCAAGAGUGAAUGUCCCCUUUAGCAGGAGGCUAGUCAAUGAAAAUCUGUUUGUCUCACUGAAUAUAGUGUGAGAUGUGUUCUGUUGAUGCCCGUUGCUCUAUGCAAUGUAGUCAGUCACUGGUAUGUCUGAAGGGCAACAGACAGACCCACUUGUGUUCAUCUUGUUUUGCUCAGACUCACAGGACAUUGAUUGGUAUCGAUUUUCAAGCACAAGAGCAGGUUGUUUUGGUCAGUGAUUCUGUUUUUCCUUCUUUGUCGUUUUCUCUCACUCACGCUGUCUUUCUGUCUGUCUUCUCUCUUUCACAUAUUCUGUCUCAUGUCAGCACCCAGCUCAAUUUUAUCAGUGGAAUAAACUUCUGUAUGUACAUACUCUGUCCUUGAAGAAAAAACUAAAAGAAAAUAACUAAAAAAAUAACAAAAACAUACUGUCAUGUUUCUCAAUGUGGGUUUGAAAAAAAGCAUGUAAAUGUUCGUUUUGGGGGGACUUUGAAAAAAAAAAGCUGUAUCUUGUGUUUGGGCUUUAGGCUGGGGGAAAGGCUGGGAGAUGUGCUUUUAAGUUCAUGCAAUGGAGGGCGUUAUGUAUGGUGGGCAUUUGUAAUAACCCCAAAUGAGUUUGAGUGUCUCCGUGAGUUAAAUGUGAAAGUUAAUCAGAAUACUGGAAAUGGGAAAAGGAAGGAUGCAGAAAAUGCACUUCCUUGAUGGACAGUGGGAAGAAGCCCAGACUGGUGGGGACAAAGCUCUGAGGCAGAGGGAGAUGGGAUGACUCUGACCAGACAGUGAACGAGAAAAGACAGGGAAGACACUUGAUAGGAUAGCAGCUCAGAUAGCAUUCCUAAAAUGACCGCUGCGUCGUCCCUCCUGAUCUGCUAGCCUAUCAAGCGAGCACUUCACACUUUAAUGAGAUGGUGUGGUGUCAUGCAGCUUGACCUGUAAUUACAGCACAGAGACAUACUGUAUGAUUUCAAUGGUCGUAAGUGGUGCAUUCACAUGUGUGGGGGGCGAUGCUAAUUCUACGGGCACCACUCGAGCAUUGCUAAGCAGCACUUUUUGGCUUAUGUUGAUGUACAUAAUAUAAACGAACUUGCUUCAUUUAUAUUUUAGAUUAUUUAAAUGUUUUAAAGAAAAUUAUAACCAUAUUUGGGUGGUGUGUUUUUUUAAUUUAUGAGUGACAAGUCUGGUAGUAUAUGAAAAUACAGUGGUAGAGUAGCAGUUGAGGCUAGAUAACUAAACACCCAGUCACCGUUUGAAUGUACUCAUUUUUGUGUUAGAUCCUGAAUCACUAUAACCACUAUAUUCCCACAUCGAACACUUCCUCAACACACUUUCAGUUCCAAAUGCAAUGGUUAAUCGAUACAUUGGACUGGAUCGCACGCAUGAAAUAGAGCAAUUUCUCCCCAGGGUCACUUUACAAGGGCCCAAAGACAGAAUUGUCAAGUGUCUAUAGUAAGGCCUUAGAAUAAAGAGCAUAAUUUAUCAUGCCUUGAUACAAGACACCCCUAAUUGCACAUUGAUUUUCUCCCCAUCUCCGAAACGAUUUGGCCAAGCUAUAUUGUCAACUAAGGUAACUAUGUGUUUAGAGAACAUACAAUGAAGAAUGAGCCAUUCGUCUUACUUUCAUGUCAGUUGAAAGAGUAGCUAGUCAAGGCACAUUUUUGUUCCUUCUGAUAAUGAGAUGUCUAACAAUUGUCUGUAUAAUGGCACCUUCUAGUACAUUAUAUUUUAUUACUGUACUCAAUUAAAUGAUUGAUACCAAAUGUUAAUUUUGGAAAUGUCAGUACCUAUCGAUACUGUGUAUCUAGAGGCUUAUGUCUGACAAACACAGCCGACUCUUUAGUAGGAGUAGAGUCUAGAACGAUAGGAUGUACAAUAGAACAAGACGAGAUAAAGGGGAAUAGAACCGUAGCCAUGAUAGUAUUUGGUCAAUAUUCAACUAAAUGAUAAAUUAUCAGAAAUAUGUCAGAUUUUCAGUACUGGUACUAUGUAUCGGUUAUACACAAGAAGAUGUGUCUUAUUGAGGGACAGACUCAUUGAUAUAUAAAUGAUUUCCUUAGUACCGGCCAGGUCUCUCCAGCUUUUGUCCUUCACACAAUAGCCCACUAGUUAGAUAACAAUGUGUUAUCCUAAUGAUCUAUAGUUCACCAGCUAUUCUAAAGGCCUGUUCAAUUCUUAUGAGCAGAGUCAACGUUGCGAGUGUAUUUAAGCUCCAGUAGAUUUCCAUUAGCUGUACUAAUGAGUGCAUCGAUACACAACAUGCUGGACUGAGGUGAGCUACAUGAUGGAAAUAGGUCAUUAUAAGAUAAACAUGCUGACUACAUGUUGCCAAGCAGAGGAAGUGAUAUUUGCCUUGACUCACUGAGGGCUAAGCUUGGAAGUUGAAUGAGGUAGCUAGGUUAUAUAGUAAAGUUGGUAGUAGUUGAAUUGAUAGACACACAAGGACAGAAUUGAUUGAGCAAAAAGAUACAUUUAUGUAGAUAUUUUGUUUGUUCAUCGUUUCUAUUCUGAAUUCUAAUUAGGAUAUAUUAUUAUUCAUGUAAAACAUUGACAGUAUUUGUUUGUGUGGAUAGUGGGUUAAAGUAACACUUGUGAGCCACAGAGGCAAGAGCAGCAGUCACUCACUCCCACCUCCAUCCACACAGACAGGCCGGCACUACAGCUGGUUGCUUGUCAACCACCCUCUCCUCUCUAAGAAUGUAGCUAGUGGAUAAUUAACAGUGUACCAGUGUUGGUCCAUCCACAGCUGGGAUAACAGAGAGUCUGCACACUACCAGGCAACAAUGGAGGCGCCCACCAGCCAGCCUCCUUAGUCAUGGGGUGGCAGGUAGCCUAGUGGUUAGAGUGUUGGACUAGUAACCAAAAGGUUGCAAGAUUGAAUCACUCAGCUGACAAGGUAAAAAUAUGUUGUUCUGCCCCUGAACAAGGCAGUUAGCCCAUUGAUCCUAGGCUGUCAUUGAAAAUAAAAUUUGUUCUUAACUGACUUGCCUAGUUAAAUAAAGGUAAUAAAUAAAUAAAUUAGAAGCCUGCCUAACAUCUCCAAUGCUGAGUGCCCCAUUACUUGGCCUUUGUGAGUCACCAGCACAAACCUGCCAUUUGGCCAGUCAAUCAGCUGGGUAAAUAUUGGUUGCCGUGGCGAAAACUGACAAUGGAACUAUAUUUCUUUCUUGUCGAAUGACAGCAUCAAGUGAUGUUCUGGCGUGUGUUCAUAUGAUAAAAUGGGAGAGAACCUGUACGUUGUGAUUAAGUUGCAAACUGUCUGAGACUGUCCUAUUAAUGUGAGAUGUAUAGAUUUGAAUUUAUGACACAAUAUACGAUUGGGUUGUCAUGACAGUGUUGUUUCACCAGAGCAAUUUUGAAACUUCUGGGGAAAGAAUGACAAUCAGGUAAUAACAAUGCACAAAGACAAAUGUCAUUUUUAUCAGUGCGUGAACUAAUAACAAAUAUUAGGGUGUCUUAGGUGUCCAAUGCAAUCCAGUGGAUGAGUCUACUCUAGAAUGCUUGGUUAGUGUUUGCAGACAUCUUAUGGAGAUGUCAUGCCCAUCUCUCUCUCUCUCGUUGCACCUCUGACAAACGUCCUUCUCCAUCUCCUUUCCCUCUCUGUGCCAAUCCCGCUGCCUGCUGCCUUGCCACCUCUCUGUAGGCCAGGUCCCCACCCUGGUAAAUCUGUGUUAUUGAUUUGUGAGUGUGUGUGUCCGUGUGUGUGUGUGUGGAUUAUCUGACCUUCACAUGGCAGGCAUGUUGGUUUCAAUCUACCCCUGGACCUCGACAUUAUUAUUUCUGUCUGUGUUGACUUUUCAAGAUUGCAUCGAUAUAACAUACUGAACAAAGCAAAGGAACACAAGCAGCAUCGUCUUCCAUCUUGACAUAUUUUCUGUGCAGUGAAGCGAUGUUGAUUAGGAUGACUCUUUUGGUUCAUUUGAUCUCCGUUCUGUCUCUGUUUCUGUCAUAUCUAUGUGAGUGGACAGUUUUUUCUCUCCAAAUCUAUAGAAGUGGAGUUUAAAAAAAAGAAAAGAAAAUAUAUCAGAGGGAGAAAAAAAUAAACAAAUAAUGUUGUUUUUAACAGAA